CUCAUCGCCAAGCUACCGUUAGCAAACCCUCACGCUCUCACCUUAAACCCUAAUUCUUAUUUUCAUUGCCUCCAAAACAACAGGCCGAAACAGCGGCAACAUCCCAAAGUUACGAACACAAAUUUGCAGAGAUUAAACAGUGAAAGUGUGGCUGCCUGCUAUGGUGGCUCUUGAGAAAAACCCUAAUUUCAAAAUCGAAAAUGGCGAGGGUUCUAAUAGCAAAAAGAAACGAAAGAGGAACAAGAACAAGAAGAACAGUGGAGAGGAAGAGCCUGAUUUGGUAGCACAGGAAGUAGCAGAAAUCAAUGACAGUGAGAAGGAAGAGGAAGUUACAGCGGUGAAAGAGAAGAAAAGUAAGAGGAAGAAGAAAGAGAAGAAAUCUAGCGAAGAAGAAAAGGAAAACACAGAGACAGAUGAUAAUAAAGAGGAGGAAGAAGGUGAUGAGGGUAUGAACAUGGAAGAAGAGGCGGAAAAGGAGACAGAGACAAAGACAAAGAAGAAGGUGAAGAAAAGUGGUGGCGACUCUGGAAUCAUGAGUAGCGAUUCAUUUACUUCUUUACCCUUAUCUGAACCAACAAAGAAAGCUAUUCUUGAUAUGGGUUUUCAGUACAUGACUCAGAUUCAAGCUAGGUCAAUUCCUCCUCUUUUGGAAGGAAAGGAUGUUCUUGGAGCUGCAAGAACAGGUUCUGGGAAAACUUUAGCCUUUCUUAUCCCAGCAGUUGAAUUGCUAUAUCAUGCUUGCUUUGCUCCUCGAAAUGGAACUGGUGUCGUUGUCAUCUGUCCAACAAGGGAGCUUGCAAUACAGACUCAUGCAGUUGCAAAGGAUCUUCUCAAGUAUCAUUCACAGACUCUAGGGUUGGUUAUGGGUGGUGCAGGAAGAAGAACAGAGUCUGAGCGUAUUGUGAAAGGAGUAAAUUUAUUGGUAGCUACCCCUGGAAGACUUCUUGAUCAUCUUCAGAAUACAAAAGGCUUUAUUUUUAAGAACCUAAAGUGCUUUGUGAUUGAUGAAGCUGACAGAAUAUUGGAAGCAAACUUUGAAGAGGAAAUGAAGCAGAUAAUUAAAAUCUUACCCAAGACAAGGCAAACUGCUCUCUUUUCUGCAACUCAGACAAAGAAGGUUGAGGAUCUUGCACGCUUAUCAUUUCAAACUACUCCAGUGUACAUUGAUGUAGAUGAUGGGAGGACAAGAGUGACAAAUGAAGGAUUGCAACAAGGGUAUUGUGUGGUGCCAAGUGCAAAGAGAUUCAUACUUCUCUACUCUUUCUUGAAAAGGAAUCUGUCAAAGAAAGUCAUGGUUUUCUUUUCUUCAUGCAAUUCUGUUAAAUUCCACUCUGAGCUUCUCAAAUACAUUCAAGUCGAUUGUUUUGAUAUCCAUGGAAAACAAAAACAGCAGAAAAGAACCACAACUUUUUUUGAUUUCUGUAAAGCUGAAAAAGGGAUUUUGUUAUGUACUGAUGUUGCUGCUCGUGGUCUUGAUAUCCCAUCAGUGGAUUGGAUUGUGCAAUAUGAUCCUCCAGAUGAACCUAAGGAAUAUAUCCAUCGAGUGGGUCGAACUGCUCGUGGAGAAGGUGCAAAAGGGAAUGCAUUGCUUUUUCUUAUCCCUGAAGAGUUACAGUUUCUUCGAUACCUCAAGGCUGCAAAAGUACCUGUUAAGGAGUACGAGUUUGAUGAAAAGAAAAUGGCAAAUGUGCAGUCUCAUCUGGAGAAACUGGUUGCCAAUAACUAUUACUUGAACAAGUCUGCGAAAGAUGCAUACAGAUCGUACUUGUUAUCUUAUAACUCACAUUCCAUGAAGGACAUUUUUAAUGUUCAUCGCCUAGAUAUGCAGGCUGUUGCAGCAUCAUUCUGCUUUUCAAACCCUCCGAAGGUAAACCUAAACAUAGACAGCAAUGCAUCAAAGUUCAGGCAGAAAACACGAAGCAGAAAUGGAUUUAGUGACAGUAAUCCUUAUGGAAGAAACAAUCGUGAUGACAACAACAAAACGCAAGUUGUCAGAUAUUAAUUAGCCACCCAAUUGUGCCCAGUUUUGAAGCUAAUUUAAUUUUGUUUUACUCUGUUUUUUUUAAAGUAUUAUUUAAAACGGUUUUAUUUAUUUAUAUUUUAUUUUAUACUUUGUUUGUAUACCUAUACCCCAUGAUUUUUGUUCA